UAAGACCCGCAGAAAAUCAAGGAAACGGCACCGCGACAUGGAUGAACACCCACGGACACUGUGAAUCACCCACUCCACGCGCGACAGGAAGCGGCCUGAAGCGGCGGCGGGACGCGGUGAAUUAGCAGCUAGCAGCGGGGGUCUGGCUGCCCGGGAGGAGCCGCUUCUGGUCGGUGUGUCUGCGGCGGUGGAGCCGCUCCGCCCGCAGAUGGAGGAGAUCAGAGGCUCUCCGGACUACAGCUGGUUCCGGAGCACCGUUCCUCUGAAGAGGAUCAUUGUUGACGACGAUGACAGCAAGGUGUGGUCCCUGUACGACGCCGGCCCAAAGAGCAUCCGCUGUCCCAUCAUCUUCCUCCCCCCCGUCAGUGGCACAGCCGAGGUGUUCUUCCAGCAGGUUCUGGCGCUGACCGGCUGGGGUUACAGAGUCAUCUCGCUGCAGUAUCCUGUGUACUGGGACCUCAUGGAGUUCUGUGAUGGCUUCCGGAAGCUUCUGGAUCACCUCCAACUGGACAAGGUCCACCUGUUCGGAGCGUCUUUGGGAGGAUUCCUGGCUCAGAAGUUUGCAGAAUUCACCCACAAGUCUCCCAGAGUCCACUCUCUGAUCCUGUGUAACUCGUUCAGUGACACCUCCAUAUUCAACCAGACAUGGACAGCAAACAGUUUCUGGCUCAUGCCAGCGUUCCUACUGAAGAAGAUUGUCCUGGGAAACUUUGCUAAAGGACCCGUCGACCCUAAGAUGGCGGAUGCAAUCGAUUUCAUGGUCGACCGGCUGGAGACUCUGAACCAAAGCGAGCUAGCUUCCAGGCUAACGCUAAACUGUCAGAACUCGUAUGUCGAGCCUCACAAAAUAAAAGAUGUUGCUGUGACCAUCAUAGAUGUGUUUGACCAGAGCGCCCUCUCCCUGGAGGCCAAAGAAGAGAUGUAUAAACUGUAUCCCAACGCUAGAAGAGCGCAUCUGAAGACCGGAGGCAAUUUCCCGUAUCUGUGCCGCAGCGCUGAGGUCAACCUCUACAUUCAGGUUGAUUCUUUUCCUUCAACAUUUCCAUCAUCAUGCAGGUUUAACAAUAAAGAUCUUUUAUAGUGAGGAAACUUGCUUUUAAUUGUACCGUAUUUUCUGGAGUAUAAGUUGCAACUUUUUUCAUAGUUUGGCUGAGGUGCAACUUAUACUCUGGAGCGACUUAUGUGUGAAAUUAUUAACACAAUAUUGUUAAUUUCACACUAAACCACAAGAGGGCACUCUAGGCCAGUGUUGAUAAUUUCAACAUUGGGUUUAAUGUAUAAAAACAACUGAGAAGGGCUUUACAAAAAUGGCACCGAAAAGAACAUUUAUUCUGUAAUUAUAAAAGUAUAAAAAUAUGCAUCCAAAAACAGUAAUCAUGCAGCAGAAAUAAAGUUUGGAGUUUGUGGAGUUUAAAAGUGACACAGAGGAUGAAGAUUUCAUCAGAUUUAGAAAGUUGGAGUGAUACGGAUGGUUUGGUGAACUUAUUUAUGCUAUAGUUAUCUGAAUAACUAUUAAUAUGUUAACAUACGAGGCACAUUCGCAGUUUGCUUUUUAUGUGGCGUGUAAUGUUAGCAUACUGUACAAUUAUUUAGCCCAGGGGCGUCAAAGUG